AUGCUGACCGGCAUUAUUUUAAUCGCCUGGCUGCUAUUGGCAUGGAUAUACUUUCUGUGGAGCCGGCGCAGGUAUUAUAAAGUCGCAUGGCAGUUGCGCGGACCCAUUGGCUGGCCCCUAAUAGGCAUGGGCUUACAGAUGAUGAACCCGGAGACCUUUUUGCAGUACAUGGAUGGUCUGUCGCGACAGUUUAAAGCGCCUUUCAUUUCGUGGAUGGGCACCAGUUGUUUCCUCUACAUCAACGAUCCACUCAGCGUUGAACAGAUACUCAACUCGGCGCACUGCACCAAUAAGGGCGAUUUCUACCGUUUCAUGAGUUCGGCCAUAGGUGACGGACUGUUCACGUCCAGUUCGCCUCGCUGGCACAAACAUCGUCGCCUCAUUAAUCCCGCCUUUGGACGCCAGAUUCUCAGCAACUUCCUGCCCAUUUUUAAUGCCGAAGCCGAGGUCCUUCUGCAGAAGCUGGAGCUUGAGGGAGUGCAGCAUGGUAAGCGGCUGGAAAUUUACCAAAUCCUCAAGAAAAUCGUUUUGGAAGCAGCAUGCCAGACAACGAUGGGCAAGAAAAUGAACUUCCAGCACGACGGAUCUAUAGCCAUAUUUAAAGCAUAUAAUGGCCUGACCGAAGUGUGUGUGAAACGAAUGCUAUCACCUUGGCUUUAUCCGGACCUAAUAUAUCAUCGUUCCCGACUUUUUCGCCUGCAGCAAAAGGUCGUGGGCAUACUUUUCGGGUUUAUAGAACAGCUUCUUGAACCCAUAGUCUCGGUGGUGGCCGCCAAUGGCAGUCCGGAGCAGCAGCGUUCCGAACUGGAGAUGAGAGGCAAGUCCAAGGCCAUUUUCAUCGAGCAGGUGCGGGAGCAUGUGGAGCGCGGUCAGCUGAGUUGGCAGGAUGUGAGGGAUGAGGCGAAUGUGACCAUUGCAGCGACUUUCGAGACCACAUCGACGGCAUUGUACUUUACCAUUCUCUGCCUGGCUAUGCAUCCCUGCUACCAGGAGAAGCUGCACGAAGAACUGGUCAAAGAGCUGCCGUCGUUUGGCGACAUAUCCCUGGAGCAGCUCCAACGACUGGAGUACACUGAAAUGGUCAUCAACGAGGCCAUGCGCCUAUUUGCACCAGUGCCAAUGGUACUGCGAUCAGCAGAUCAGGACAUUCAGCUGAAGCGCGAUGACGGGGAGUUCCUCAUUCCACGUGGCACCCAGAUCGGCAUAGAUAUCUACAACAUGCAGCGAGAUGAACGGGUGUGGGGACCACUUUCGCGUACCUACAAUCCGGAGGCGCAUUUCGGAUUGGAUUCGCCACAAAGGCACCCCUUCGCCUUCAUCCCCUUUACAAAGGGAUUGCGCAUGUGCAUCGGCUACCGGUACGCCCAAAUGCUGAUGAAAUUGCUGCUGGCGAGGAUCUUUCGCAGCUAUCGAAUCAGCACGGAUGCCCGCUUGGAGGAGCUGUUGGUCAAGGGUAAUAUCUCCCUGAAGCUUAAGAAUUACCCGCUGUGCCGCGUGGAGCGGAGAUAACAGAGGGGGUCAUGCCCCACAACUGGAAAUUGAGUUUGUUUCAUCUUUUGCUGUUGACCUCGUUAACGAUGACCAUCUCCUCCCCUUGCACAAAUUGCCAGCUUGCAAAUGGCUAUAAUGGAUUUCAGUUUGCACUUGUUCCAGCUCACCCACAACUUUGCAGCACA